AUGAUAAAACCUUUACCGAUUAAACCUUCUCCGGUCAACAACAAUUCUCAUUCAAAUAACCAUUGUUCAAUAGUUAGAACUUCAAAGAAUUGGGUUCUGCCUCCAAGACCAAAACCAGGAAGAAAAUCAUGUUCUUCUGCAAGUACAAGUUCAAGUUCAAAUGCAUCUUCAACUUCACAUGUAGUUACCGCUUCAAAACGUAACAACAGUUGUAGUAACCCUUCAAGCAGUACAAAACACCACUCAAAGAUCGUUAAACGUUCAAACUCUUCUUCUCCUGUCCACCACCACCAUCAUAAUACUACAAAUUAUGAUGAUUGUACAAAUAUUUUUUUGAAGUUUGAAGAAGAAGAUGCCGUCACAAAAUUUUUCAUUAAACCCGAUUUGGACACUUUGAAAUCAAUCGAUUUCUCUUCUACUUCAACUUCAACUUCAAAUUCUGAUUCAACUUCUGCUCUAAGUGCAAACUCAAGUGAUGACGUAAUCUCUUCGAAGCCAUUGGAUUCAACCAUCUCUGUAGAUAUUCACGACGUUUCGUCAUCCUCCGAAACUCCAAAUUCUCUAUUUUCUUCAGAUCAUUAUACCUUAUCAAAUGCUGACUCUUUGGAUAAUGAUGUUGUAACCUCAAUGAAAAAUUGUGAUUCCAUAAACUCUUCAAUAACUUUACCUUCGUCAAUUGGAGAUGAUGAAAUAUCUACAAAGACCAACAAACAGAACUAUUCAUUUGCUAAUGAGUUCUUCGAUGAUAUCCCUCCAUUGAACAUAAAUUUAAAUUUUAACGACAAUGAUAUAUCAUUUAAUCCAUUGGCAACUACCUUUGAUUCCGAUUACAUAUCACCAACUCUAGAAGAGUUGAUGGAUGAACAAGACAGAAACGUUCCUCUAUGUUAG